UGACGCGCCACUUUGAUUUUCUUCAGUUUAACUAUCUGAUAUUAACCAGAUAGGCAGCAUGCACUGGGAGAAAUCACAGCCAUCAGCCGUGGGCAGGUCCAGGCCAUACCAAGGUGUGCGAGUCAGAGAUCCUGUCAAAGAGCUGCUGAGGAGGAAGAGGAGCCUGGAGCUUCACAGCACCAAGACACUGCCUCCUACUGGGGAUGUGGUCUCACACAACAACCAGCCGUCAUUUACACAAGGUAUCUUUGGCUGUGAUGUUGCCAGCGGAUCCCCAGCAGAAGCGUCGGCCACAGCUGCCGAUGGAGGGCUGCAGUGUGCGGGGUGGAAAGCGACGCCUUCUGUCACCAGUCCUGGGCUGCAGGCCGCCGCCAUGUCCUGGUCGACACCCGACUACAACCAGCAGGACCCCUCAGCUCAGACUCUGACCUACCCAGCCACUCCGACGCUUACUAUGCAAACUCUGUGUCCCAGCUACACCAUGCUGACCUACACACACACACCACUGCUGACAAACUUUGGGACCAUACCAGUGGCACCAGCCCCAGCCUCUCUGCCUCAAGUGGAGCUCCAAGACUCAGGGUUGACCUAUCUUCCUUGGGCCCAGCCACUCACCACUAUAUCGACCAUGCCUAAUCACGGGGUGCAGUUUGCCCCAGGUUCUGCAGCGCUGCCUGGGUCGCCUCUGGUACACAUGCCGCUGUCCAUGUCAUUGACCACCAUGAUCCCACAGCUGGAGCCCCAGGGUAUGGACCCUCAGCCCGAGAUCCUGGAGAUCCCUGAGCAUUCAGAGCAGCAACUGGACCCUGAACCCCAAGGCCAGUCUCUGAACGAAGACCCGGAGGUUGAGGCGGAAUCACCAAACCUACUGGACAAACUUCUCGAGGAUCACAAAGAACAUGGUGAGGAGGAGGACAAAGACUCGUACCGCAGCUCCCUCUUCAUACCCAAUGUCUGAAGAGCAUUUUUUAAAAAAUCUGAAAUGAGUAUUUUUACAUUUACAUUUCAUUUUUUUUCCUCAGGGGCAAGUGCCUAUAGGCCUUUUUGUGUAAAUGUAACUGAUUACCACAGAUUCUGUCUAUUCUGCCUUUGAGGUCUAAGUGACCUAUCUAACUUACCCAAACCAGGUGUUUUUGUGAUUUGUAAGCAAAACUUGAAAUAGUUUCUCGUAGUUAUCGUGUUUUUUUGGUGUUGCAAAGACUUGUAAGAAAAACAAUGAAAAUCCAGAAACCACUUAUUCUGAAAGUAUACAGUAGAGUCAGGGUUCAGGUACGUGUUACCACACAUUAUGACCCAGAUUUCACAGAACUAUUAAUUGCUUGGAUAAUUGGGAAUCACACGUCUAUAAUAUACAUGCUGGCUCAUACUUAAAGACUCUUCUGGAUUAUUAUGACCUGAGUUUUAUUUUUGUAACUGCUCCUGAUUUCCUGUUAUUAAAUUUUCAUUAUGUUCGUUUGAUUAAUUAGAAAUUAGUGUAGUGUGCAGCAAUAAACAGAAGUGAAAACAAAUCAUUUCUUGCAUAGAGACCAGCCUAAUUCUAGUACUCUAUUACUUACAGUAAAGUGCAAAGGUCUUAAGCAAAUGCUUCAUAUCUUUAUAUUGUCAAUGGGAAAUGGGCACGGCACAUUACAUACAUGUAAACACAGUAUAUUUGUACAAUUCUAUAGAACUUAGAAGUCCAUAUUUGGUAUGACCACGUUUUGUCUUCAACACAGGGCCUUACCUGAAAUCACAGGUAAGUUUCAUGUGACUUUUAAAAGCCUCCUUUAAGUUUGUCUUUGGAUGUUGGCCACAAUGUUUUGCAGCUUAUAUAAACACAUUGCAACAUUGUUCAAGAGGAAUUUUAAAAAGUUGCAAUUCUAUCUCCUUAGAUGCAAAAUCUAAAUAACAAAGGAGUAGCUCAAGACGUUUGCACAGGAAUGAUAUAAAAUCCAUGUUUGUAUGUGUUUGAGAAACAGCCAAAGCACACUGUAAUUUUAUUUCACAUGUAUAUAAAAUGCAGUCUUAAAGAGUCGCCAUCUAGUGUUGUGUUUGCAGAAUGCAGUUCAGCAUUAUGUCACAGCUGAACAACUUUUCUGUUUUAUAUAAAGGGAACCUAUUGUGCUCAUAUCCAGCCCAUUUCCAAUUUGUGGACUUUGCUAGAGUUGCUUUGCAUGAACAAUUUUGGAUUUUUGGACACAUGUCUGAAAUGUGACAGCGCAGUGGUGUUUGUAAGAAGUUCAAGGCAGAAACAUUUGGAACCACUGAUCAAGUUUUUGGUGUGCUUUUGUGUUAACCUCUGUAAGUUCUUCUGCUUGUAGGUAAAUAGUGAGCAAAGGUUUCAAAUAAAUAGAAUGCAACAGAAAAUAUUUCUCUCUGAAAUGCUGGCAAGUGUGGUGAUGGCAGAAAAAUGAAACCACUGAAGUGUCAAAAGCUGCAGUUCAGCCUCCUGAAGCUGGCUCCAGCAGUCAGUGCGUAUCCACUGGUGCCGGUGUUACAGUGUCCACCUAAACAAGAUGAAUGAUUACCCCACUCUGAUUUUUCACAUUAUAUCAACUUCACAAUAAACCUACUUGUCUGGAC